AGCGCUCGUCGGAAACAUGUUCGUCUCAAAGUUAGGCCAAUUACACGAUUUAAGCUCCACAUUAUUAUUGCUACGGGACAUUAUUUUCUUUCUUCGCAACCGCAUUUCCCGUAGUGGAGAAACGGCGACACAGCCACUUCCGAAUGGAGGCGAAAUAUGUUGUGCGCUAUAAAUGUAGUCAGCCUGGCCCUAUACAGGAUGUAUUGAGGCAAAGACCGGGCUGGAUUGAAGUAAAAGAUGAUGGUGAAUGGGACUUCCACUGGUGUGGUGUGGGUUGGCUUAAAGAGAAUUUGUACAUGGAGGAACAUGUAAGAGUCAACCAUUUUCGUAACCAUUACGAGUUAACACGUAAAGAUUUCAUGCUGAAAAAUUUGAAAAGAUUCAAAAAGAAUCUUGAAAGGGAGGCCAACUGCAUGGAAAGCUCCAAAUGUGAUUUCUUCCCCUGCACCUUCGCAUUGCCUAAUGAGUAUCAUCUCUUUGUGGAAGAAUUUAAAAGAAAUCCUGGCAGCACCUGGAUCAUGAAGCCGGCAGCAAAAUCUCAAGGGGCAGGUAUCUUCCUUUUUAAAAAACUGAAAGACAUUAUGGAAUGGAGGAAGCAUGAUGGCACCCGCUCUGACGAGCAGAAAGAUGUAACUCAGGUGGAAAGUUACGUGGCACAACGCUAUAUUGAGAACCCAUACCUACUUGGUGGGAGGAAGUUUGAUCUGCGGGUCUACGUGAUGGUCACAUCAUAUUUUCCCUUGAAGGCAUGGCUAUAUCGAGAGGGGUUUGCUCGCCUCUCCAGCACACGUUUCUCUCUCAAUAGCAUUGAUGAUAAGUAUGUGCAUCUCACUAAUGUAGCUGUUCAAAAAACUGCACCUGACUAUGAUCCUGAAAAAGGAUGUAAAUGGAAGAUACAGAAGCUCCGUAGGUACCUGACUGCUAAGCAUGGAAGACAGGUGGUUGAAACUCUUUUCAAAGAUAUGGAUAACAUCUUCAUCAGCAGCCUGCAGAGUGUGCAGAAGAUCAUUAUAAAUGACAAACACUGCUUUGAGCUAUAUGGCUAUGACAUUAUGUUGGAUGAGAACCUCAAACCGUGGUUAAUUGAAGUAAAUGCCUCUCCAUCGCUUGCACCUAGUAGCCAAGAGGAUUAUGAUAUGAAGUACAGUUUACUGGAAGACACUGUGAAUAUUGUGGAUAUGGAGGGAAGGUUGACUGGUAAGGAGAAGAGAGUGGGUGGGUAUGAUCUCGUGUGGAAUGAUGGACCGGUCUAUAGUGAGGAGGUUGAUCCAGAAAUAUUUGGCUGUUCAUGUUUAAAAGCUAACACAUAUUUGGGUUGUGCAAAUGACAGGGAACGCCAGCUAAAUUCCCUUCUGAAAACAUUUCCUGGCCAGAAAAAGACAUAAACCAAUCAGUUUGAUGUUCUCCAACUAAAUACCUUUCCUCUUGACCACAGUUGUAACAAAACUUCAACUUUGUGAUCCAUUAUGUCAUCAACAUUUAAUAACUAUUCUGUAACAAACUAUCAUAUCGUGUUACCUCUCUCAUUAUGUCAUUCUUUGUAGAUUAUACUUUUGCCCUUUUAGUUCUCGUAUUUCUAAUGUUGAUUACAUAUAUUUAGGACACCACUCAUGUAAUUGCAGGAUAGUUAUUGCAUGUGGUGUUGUAUUUAUGCCGAAUUCCAUGUAUUUAAUGGGAUGUUUUAUGUUACGGUAUGUUACAUUAUGUAAAUUUGGAUGAACAAUCUGUCACAUGGUAUAUUAUAAUCGUACUGUACUGACAUUUGCUGUUUUUUUGUUUUUGUUUUUGUUUUUUUUAUGAAUGUGCUUGGUAAAUAAACCACAUUUUUCCUAUUGUACUUUGCAAACUCUUGUGCAACUUGUUUUUCCUUGUGGAAUUGACUGGGUUCAACACUUAUCAGUCGUGGGUGGUGCUACAAGGUGUAGGCAGCAUCCACUGCACAAGAAGAAAGUGAAAAUGACUGUGAGUUACGCAGACGAUGGAUACCUUGCAGGUGUAAAUUGGAAGACUCAUGGGUUUGUUUGCCUUAGUUAAGCAAUUUAAGCCUGGGUUUGUAUAGUGUAAGGUCGAAUUGGCUGAACAGUGUGGCCUUUGUAGUCACCA